AUGCCUUCCUCUGCUUCGUCGUCGUCGUCCUCCUCCCUCUACAUCAUCGGCGCGCGCGCACCGGACGCCGCCCUCGACGGCGGCGAUACCGACGAUGACGCCAGCGGCGGCGGCGCGCUCUCGAGGCCCGUGGCCGAACGCUUCGCGUCCUCCUUCCUUACCCAGGAGUCCCUCGACGCCCUGUGCAGGAAGUACGGCGUCCCGGAUCAGUUCAAGGCGAUCCUCCCCGCCGGCCACCAUCGCGCGUGCUCGCCGCCGCCCCCGGGGACCGUCUGCGUGUACGCGCAGGCGCUGGAGGCCGGGAUGCGCGUCCCGCUGCACGGCUUCUUCUGCGAGGUGCUCGCCCACUUCGGCGUCGCGCCGAGCCAGAUCGCGCCCAACGGGUGGCGCGUCAUGGCGGGCUUCCUCGUCCUCUGCCACUUCGCCGGCGUGCCCCCGUCGCUCGCCGUGUUCCGGCAUUUCUUCUCGCUGUGCGCACACAAGCUCAAGGGGUGGUACUGGUUCCGGGGCAAGGACUCCGCCGGCGCGCUCAUCAAGGGACUGCCACUGUCUCUCAAGGGGUGGAAGGAGGGGUUCUUCUUCCUCAGGUCGCCGACGCCGUGGCCGUGCCCCGUGAAGUGGGGCGAGCCGUCAAAGGUCUCCACCGCUGAGCCGGUGCUCACCAGAGAGGAGCAGAGCAGGGCUACUAAACUGCUCCGUGUUCAUGGCGCCGCGGUCGAUCUCAAGACGUGUCUUUCCGAGAGCAACCUCGCGGCCGCCAUGGCCACUGGCUCACCGAGACCGCCGCCGCCGCCGCCUUCUCCUCGUACUGCAAGUAACGCCAAAGGGAUGGAUCCAUCCGUCUACGACAUGAUGAAGAGUCUGCGAGCGGCGAAGGCCGCGCAGGCUUUGGGGGAGAAGGUGACCGCGAAGAGCGAGCCCGGCAGCGACACGCCGUUGUCCGGGACGAAGAGGAAGCUCGCGGAUGACGCCACGAAGCAGGGUCUGCCUCGCCAUGAGCCGAGCACGCCGCUCGAUCAUGCCCACGGCUCGUCGUCCGGCGCGGCGCCGCCGGGCUUCUCCACCCAGAGGGCAUCAAAGAGUAGUGUCCGUGACCACGAUCCGGUUCCAAAGCCGCGGCACACGCCUGACUUACCUGACGGGGGCGACACCGCCGGCUGGGAGGCCGCGCGGCGGAUGCUGCAGAGCAUCGUCGCGCCGUCGCGGGAGCGGGCGUUCUCGGCGGCGAAGCCCUCCGACGUCAUCGAAUCGAGCUUCGUCACAAUGCUGGAGGCCGCGAACUGCGUGUCGUUCUCGCUGGGCUACGCGCUGGAGCUGGAGGAGAAGCUGGCAGCGCGGGAGCGCGAGGCGGACGCGCUGCGGCGGGAGCUGACGAAGGCGAAGGCCGAGCUCGCCGGGGCCAGGAAGGCGAGCGCGGGGGAGGCGAGGAGCGCCAGGGCGGCGGCGCUGGAGGAGUACCUGGGGUCCACGGAGCACGAGCUCCGGCUGGCGAAUCACGCGCUGACCGGGUACGAGCGCGGCAUGGAGCACAUGAAGCGCGCCGCGCUGCGCCGGUACCCGCACCUCGACCCGGAGCAGCUCGUCGUGCCGCCGGACGGCGGCGGGCCGUAG